AUGGCAGGAUAUCAGCUCUGGUCACCAUGGACCCCACUGGAUGAGAGCUUCCAAUGGCUGCGGCACACAACACCUACUCCUUCUUCCAAGCAUCCUUUUAGGGCCUCCCUUUCCUUCCCACAUACCCCUUCUGACCUUGAAGUGCAGCUGUGCUUUCAAGAGGUCACUCUAGUUCUAGACAGUCCACUCCUAGGACCUGGAGAGAGUCCCAAGUUACCCUGCCACACAUCAGAGCUCCAAACUGUGAAUAACAAGAAAGGACUGGUCAGAAAGCCACAGCCUGUCCGCCUCAGUGGAGUGGAUUCUGUCUUUGGCAGAGUCAUCACGGCUCAACCACCCAAAUGGACUGGAACCUUCAGAGUUUCAGACAAGUCGGCCUUCUGCAAAAUUAUCAGCAGGGAGCAUCAGUGGCCCACUGGACUUAAGGAGCCUCAGAUUCAAAUGACAGUGACUAUGUGCAAACAGAUGCUACGCUCUAUCCUCUUGCUAUAUGCAACAUACAAGAAGUGCACCUUCGCCUUGCAACACUCCAAGUAA